AACAACAUCCCAAGAAUGCGGAUUUACUCUCCCCUCCCACAUGUCCUCCAAGCCCUCAGAGGCUCUAAUAUCGAGGUCAUGGUUGGUGUAGCAAACGAAGAUCUUAACCACAUUGCUACCAACAUGGCCAACGCAUAUUCUUGGGUCCACAACAACAUUAGAAACUAUGCCAAAGUCAAUUUUCGAUACAUAGCUGUUGGCAAUGAAAUACAUCCUCCCGCAUGGGAAGCAAAUCAUCUCCUGGGGGCCAUGAAAAACAUUCAUCGGGCAAUUUCAGAGGCUGGACUUGGCAACCAAAUCAAGGUCUCAACCCCCUUCAGCACCGAGAUCCUUGGAGAAUCCUACCCUCCAUCCAAAGGUUCCUUCAAACCCCAUAUGGAAUCAUUCAUUAAUCCAAUCAUCCGAUUCCUAGUGGACACCCAUGCCCCAUUUUUCCUGAACAUGUAUACCUAUUUCAGUUACAUUGGCAGCCCUCAUCUCAUCAGUCUGGAAUAUGCUCUCUUCACAUCUCCCGGAGUAGUGGUGCAUGAUGGGCAGUUUGGGUACCAAAACAUGUUCGAUGCAGUACUGGAUGCUGCUUACUCAGCUCUGGAGAAGGCUGGUGGGGGUUCUUCGGAGAUUGUUGUGGCUGAGACUGGUUGGCCAUCGGCUGGUGGGUUGGCUUCGACAGUCGAGAAUGCUAGGACUUACAACACAAAUUUGCUUCGGCACGUGAAGGGAGGAACUCCCAAUCCUGGAAAACCUAUACAAACUUACCUAUUUUCCAUGUUUAAUGAUAAUAAGAAAGAACCGGCGUUUGAGAAACAUUGGGGCCUCUUUUAUCCAAAUAAACAGCCUGUAUACCAUACUCGAAAUUGA